UAGUAAUCCCAUAAAUUAGAGAGCUGUGCGACCAAAAGCGCAUGAAAAGUAAUAUCACGAGAUGUGUAAAAAGGUCUCAGGGUGAAACUAUUCUCACAAAUCCUUAAAUUUAAAGCAACAAAUUGCUGAGACUAGAAGCACUUUGCCACUCACCCCUUUAGCAGCGUGAGGAUCGACAUCCUCAUUUUUUGACUGGUUAUGGCGCUUAAUUGGAUGAGUUGCCCACCUUACUGGGGCUGUUUUCACUGUUUAGCAUCAAGACCAUUCAUUGAAGGUACAUAGAAUAUCAUCGUGUUUUUUUGGUCAACUGUUUCCAGAAUGAACUAAGAUUUUUUUCAAGCACGGAUCUCUCUUGUUCGGCAAUUUAAGUGCAAGCAUUUGAUCGACUACAAAGCAAGAAGCAGGGUUUGAUUGUAUCAGUUACGUAAACACAACGGAAAAGUAGUUUGAGCAAAUGUGUUGCUUUUGCCAGGAAGGCUUCAGCCUAAUUUAUGCUAACUAGGGAUUUUUCUUGUUCAAAUGUUCGCAAAACCUUAAGUUGUGAGACUCCACUUUUCAAAUUGACAGCGUCUUUUCUCCAAUUACUCUGAUCGUUUAAUAUUAUGAAAGGAAUGGGUUCGGCUCGUUACAGUGGACUAAUCAGGGAUAAUGGCAGAUUAUGAUUAUCAAUAAUGGGGCUGUGAACCUACUCUCAGAGAUUUUCAUCAAUUUUCUUUGGCCACAAAUGACAGAACUUGUUUAAAAUCUAAACUUAAAAAAAUCUGGUAGAGAAAAAAGAGAAACUGUACGUCGUUUAGCUUGACCAGCAGAAUCUUCAAGAGAAUUGAAAAAUAUUGGUGUAUAACGACAAUUUUAUUGCUGAGCCUCAAGUAUUACAAUGCACAGCUUUAUAAAAGACAUCUUCUAUUGCCAAAGCAUGUUUCAAUCCAGGUUAUUUUAUGCAUUGAAAGAAGGCCCACUUGUAUACUCCAUCUUCACUUACACUUAUUUUCUUAUCGUUAAGAACAUAAGGUGCUCACAUUACGAUCAUAUUUGGUGUUGCUAGCAUCCACGCUUCUUUUCUCUGACUCUCAGGAAUAAUUGAUGAGUCGUUUUUUCUGUUUGUUUUUUUUUUUUUUGCAAUAUCAGGGGUGUGUCGUGCAGAAUGGUAAUAAGGAUACUGGAAGCAAGAGGAUAUCAUUGUAACAUCUUGGAACUAAAAGUAUAAAAAACCUCAGCCAUUUUGCUAUGAACCUCUGUAUGAUACCGAACUGUGGUCCAGGUGUGUGGGCCUCAAUAGUUUAAGUCUCCCGGUUGAAUAUCCAUACACAAUUCUCAAUUCCUUAACAAUUGUUAAAUACUGUUUAUACAAAUAAAUAUUUCUGAACUCUCUUAGUCAACAUUUCUUUUUUCGACCCCUAUUUUUUUUUCAGGUCCUCCAAGAAAGCAACGCAGGGAGCGAACGACUUUUACUAAAGCUCAACUUGAAAUCCUAGAGGAUCUCUUCAGCAAAACAAAAUACCCUGAUAUCUUCAUGAGAGAAGACGUCGCCACGAAAAUCAAUCUGCCAGAGAGCAGAGUACAGGUAGGAAAACUUGUUUCAGUUUGUUGUAUGUUUUUUUGUUUUUCCCCGGUCGGAUUUGACUCAGGUACCGCAGCCGGGAAGGAACUGACUUUGAAUAUAACAAAGGCAAAAAAAAAAAAUCUCUUCUUAAUAUGCCAACCACAGUUUGUGUUUGUCAGUUAAAUCGCUUUCUUCUUUUUGAUACCCAGAAUGCCCAUCAGUCUUGCAUUUGACCUUUGCUUGUUUGUUUGCCUAUGUUGUUGUUUUCCAACUUAUUUUUGGUAAUUAAUUAUACAAAUUCUGUCAACUUUGAUUCCUGUAGCGCACCUUUAUUUUACUAGUUAAGUCUUCCUAACCUUGGAAUCAAACUUAUUUACUCUAUUAAAAAGUAAAUAAAUGAAAAAAACGAAAACUUACAACCAAUCGUCAUAAACACAUCAUUGUUGCUCUGCUCAAAUCUAACAAUUGAGGGAUUGAAGCUAUCAUUGAAGUAGGCUCUGCUCCAUAUGGGGCAUCCAAUUAAACUUACGCAAACGAUUUUUUAAUCCAGCAUUAAUCCUUUUCUUUCUUUAUUAGCUUAGUCUAUGAGCUGCUAAGAAGUGUAGUAUGCGAUAAUGGUAUUAUACGAUGGCGCAAAACUGGCUCUCUCGUCAGCACGCGAGCCCACUAGCUUAAUACAUAAUUUGCAAAAAACAUCCCUUGGUACCUCGAUAAUCGCGUUGUUACAUUAGGGUAAAAUAAUCUGAAAUCGAAAUGUACUUUGAACCUUGAUUAGUCACAGUUUUGCUAGAAUCGCAUGCGAGUAAAUUAAUUUUCCGUGAGUCAUGAGAAGUUUUAAUGGACUUCCUGAUCUUUCGAGUACAUUCCGGAUACUUGAAACCUCGGUCACGCGAUCAAAUUUGAUUGGUCAAUUGAAAAUGGAAUGGCUCUUGGAAUUUUCAGCGCCUUGUGGCGUUGUCUCACCUCGUUGAACCGUUAUUGCUGCACAUGAAACCAUCUAGUGAUAUAUCGGAUAAUAUUUUAUUGCAGUUGCACUUUACUUUUCAUCUUAUGAUUUUGCCGUCUCAUAAUAGAGAUUUAAUUACUACUGUACUUUACCUGAAUGAACAACCGAGCAACCCCUUUUUGAUGCAACUCUGAAUUUUUACUACCUUCAUCACCAGCCACAUAAUUUCCAUCCCACUUAUCAAAGAACUGAGUAUUGUUUACAAUUACUUUUGUGACUUAGAAGCCUUUAUCACAAGUAAACUGUUCCUUUUGUUUUAUAAGAUAGUAUCGAUUCCUUCUCGCCUCUUUCAGGUCUGGUUUAAAAACAAGCGCGCCAAGUAUCGUCAACUGAAGAAACAACAACAAGAAAUGCAAAACAAACCAGACCAGCUCAAAGUCAAACCAUGCUCCUCAUUACCACCCCCAGGGGACCAAGCUAUCAGUCCGGAACCCAGCAAAGCAUCGAAAAAUUUGAACUUUAGAGGAGUAGCAAUACCACAGAAUGACGUCACAGAGUUCCUGAAACACAGUAGUCUGCUGAAACAAAACGUAGAGAAACAAGAAGGUUAUCGGCCUUUUAAACCGGUUGAUAACGCUGUUGAAGACCAUUUAAUGGAUCUGGCGAAUUAUGUUCACAAAAAAUGCAUGACAACUUAAUCACAGAUUGAAAAAAGACAAAGAAAGAUAUAUAAAAAUUAAUACCAAGAGAGGUUAAUUGAAUGCUUACUACG